AUGCCCUUUUGGUCUCGCAUCGCCGAAUACAGAUCUCUUCAUUGGUCUGACUUCCCUUGGCCCGUCUUGAGCUUUUCUGGGCCCAAAAACCCUAGCGAUCUUACCCUCGUCGCGGUUUCAGUGUAUAUUUUGUCGGCAUUUGAUCUGCGGAGGGAUAAGGCAAGGUCGAAGGAGAGGUUGAGGGAGCAUAUCAGGAAGUGGCAUCCCAAUCGGUUUGAAGGGCGAUUUUUGAAGAAUGUUUCCGAGGGGAGGGAAAGGGAGAAGGUUAGGCUUGGGGCUGGGAUGGUGGCGAGGUUUUUGAACGAUUUAUUGGCCAGAUUUCAUGACCUCGGCUAA